GCGUGUCCUUCCUUCCGGUCUGGGUCCUGCCUCUCCCCCACGUGCGUCCUCCCCGCUCCGCUCGCCCUGCACCGCCGCCGAGAUGCUGCUGGCCCGCGUCCUCCGCCCGGCUGCGGCCGCUUUGGCGCUCCGGCCUCUCCACGCGCCGCUGCGCCUGGGCGCGCCUUGCCUGCCCGCCGCCCUUGCGCCUGCCGCCGCCGCCGCCCGGCCCUUCACCCGCUCCCUCUGGCUGCCCAGCCGCGACGGCCUCCUGCGCCCUCCCCACACCUCGCCCUCGCUGGCCUGCACCUGCGGGGGGCUCCACACCGAGGGUGACAAAGCUUUUGCGGCGUUUCUGACAGAUGAGAUUAAGGAAGAGAAGAAAAUCCAGAAAAACAAAUCCUUGCCCAAAAUGUCUGGCGGGUGGGAGUUGGAUGUGCAGGGCACAGAAGCCAAGCUGGUUCGGAAAGUUGCAGGAGAAACGAUCAGCAUUUCCUUCAACAUUAACAAUAGCAUCCCACCCAGUUUUGACGAGGAAGGACAGGAAGAACAGAAACCCAAUGAGCAAGAGCCCGAGCUGACCUCAACCCCGAAUUUUGUUAUUGAAGUGACCAAGGAUGACACGAAACAGACACUUGUGCUGGAUUGCCAUUAUCCUGAGGAUGAGAUUGGUCACGGAGAGGAAGAGGAAAGCGACAUCUUUGCCAUCCGGGAGGUGAGCUUCCAGCCCGCAGGAGAUUCAGAAUGGCGUGAAAAUAAUUACACACUCAACACGGACUCUCUCGACUGGGCCCUGUACGACCACUUGAUGGAUUUCUUGGCCGACCGAGGAGUGGACAACACGUUUGCGGAUGAGCUGAUGGAACUCAGCACAGCACUGGAGCACCAAGAAUACAUUCGAUUCCUCGAAGGUCUGAAGCAGUUUGUGAAAUGCCAGUAGGCCGAGACCGAGCGGAAGGCCUGAAAUCUGCUGCUGAGGCUGACCAACAGAUGCUGGACUCUUGUUUAGAAAACCCGGCCAUGAGACAGAGAGGGAGAGAUGAAGACUGACACAUUCAUUGCGGGAAGAAAAUUGGUGCAAUUUGAGAACUUGGCAACUGUUGCUUCAGAUCCAACUGUAGUGAUGACGUCCAGCUCUCAGAUUUGUAUCGCGCCAGCUAUUCUUGGAAGUGUGAUUUGGUUUUUUGUACAAUUUGGAGGCGGAAGGUGAAAUGAUGUGAUAAUAAACCCAGUUGAACACCUU